AUGACCGUCAAGACCGUCCAGCGUAUCCUUCAGCUACCCUUUGCGUUCUUACCAGACGAUGGCGAACGCGUACCGCUGUCCCCGCUGCACGUCGCUGCACCGCAGGUCGCCCUCAUCGUCAUCGUCGCACUCAGGCUGCCGUACUACGUCAAGGUCGCUGCUACCAUCCCCGUUAUGACCACGGUCGUGUAUGUCGCUACACACACUACCAUAGGCACGCCAAGCGAGCACUAUGGGUUCGGCAGCGCCUUCCUGUCGCUGCUCUUCUUCAACGCCUCCCUCUUCGUCUGGUUCACGGACCCGAUGUCCGAGUACCGCUACGUCCGCGACGCCAACACAGCACCACUCGGCGCACGGGGGCUGUUUUCCCGCGUGUACAACGUCCUCUGCAUCACCCUCAACUACCGCCUGAUCGGAUGGAACACUCAGGUUUCCAACGUGCCCACACCGAUCAAGGACAAAUCCGCCUUCAUCUUCCACCGCCUCUAUCAGCUUCUCCUCACCAUGCUCGUUCUCGACGUCGCCCAGUCCCACCUGCUCGCCAAUGCUCCCGUCUACACCGCCCCGGACCCGCCGCGCCCGACGCUGCUCAUCACCUGGGCCUUCCUGCUCUGCUCCUACAGUGUGAUCAAGCUCUUCUACACCGUCGCAUCUCUCGUCGCCGUCACGCUCGGACUAAGCGCGCCCGAAGACUGGCCAGACCUCUUCGGGCACUGGCGCGACGCGUACACCCUCCGCCGCCUCUGGGGCCGCGCGUGGCACCAGCUCCUCCGCCGCCACUUCAGCGCGUGGGGCACCGCCGCGGUCCGCACGCUCGGCGUCCGGCGCGGGACGUGGCUCUCCUCGCAGGUGCAGCUGCACACCGCCUUCGCGGUCUCGGCCGCGAUCCACACCUUCGGCGACGCCAUGGUCGGCCGCCGCCUCGUCGGCGUCUCCGCGCCCUUCUUCAUCGCGAACGGGCUCGCGAUCGCCGUCGAGGACGCCGUCCUCGCGCUCGGACGGUGGUUGUGCCGGGGAGAGGAGCUGAAGGGGGAGGAGGGCCGGCCGCCGCCGUUGGCGCUCCGCGUUGCGGGCUACGUCUGGGCGACGGCGGCGAUGAGCGUGCUCGCGGGCACCCUGUUCGUCCCCGCGCAGUUCGCGCUCGAGAUGGUCGACAAACCCACGCUGCCGUUCUCUGUCGUGGGCUGGAUGGUGGCGAAAUCGGCGUAG